GUUCCGACACGAGAUAUCCGACGAGCGACGACGACAUCACACGAGGCCGGACGACCACCGUUUCAUAUGCAAGAGAAAUUCGGAAGACUGUAUGCGUCAAGGGAAGUUCUGCUGUUGUACAGCAUCUGGCGUCUAACUGAAGCGAACACAAUAUCACGGCCCGCGGAGUGAAUCUGGGGAUAUUUCAUGUCCAAAAUGCCUCACGCAACUGUGCCCUCGCCGGGCUUGCAGGCGCUCAUUCUAUGUGGUCCGGGUGCAUCAUUGACGACUUUCACAUCAAAUCCCAAAGAGUCCUCAAAAGCUCUCAUACCAAUCGCAAAUCGGCCCAUGGUAUGGUAUCCCAUGGACUGGUGCCACCGAAUGGGAAUUAGUGACAUCACUCUCAUCACUCCACCUGAAUCAAAAGCAGUGCUGGAAUCUGCGCUUGCUACUAAUCCUGCUUUGACAAGCUUGCCGUCGCCCAAGGCCGAUAUCGUGGCGCCGAAAGAUCUCAGCCAUGAAAGUGCUACUGGUGAACUGCUACGUCUACCUGAAGUACAGCAAGCAAUCACAUCCGACUUUGUUAUCUUGCCCUGCGACUUGAUCUCCGAAUUGGAAGGUACAAGGCUCAUUCAACAAUGGAUGACAUUGAACCCUCUUUCUGGCACGAAACGCAAAGGAGGACUUGCCUUGUUCUAUCCUACCCAAGGCCUAGAAUGGAUCAGUCAUAAGAAGGAUGAAACAGAUUUCGUUGCCACUGUACCACUCGACUUGCCUGUAGUUACUCCUCCACAAGGCUCGUUACGCUCCGAAAUCGAGAAGGUGAUACUCACCAUGCCUACGGAUACGCUAAAUGACAAGAUCGAAGACGCCAAGGAGAUCUUUGAGCUUCGAUCAUCACUCUCGGCGAAGUACGGUCUCGUAAAGAUGAAGAUGAAGCACCGCGAUGCGCACGUCUACAUAUUUCCCAAAUGGGUCAAGGACUACGCAGCUCAGAACACAUUCGAGUCAAUCAGCGAAGACGUGCUGGGCUGGUGGGCGAAAGCGCAGUGGCAGUAUGGUCUGGGCGAAAAACUUGGUCUGGAUGAAGUGCUGGGCGAGAGACCGACCUCGCCUCAGGAUAUGGAGGCUUCUCAGAUCGAAGACGACUCAGUCGAUGCAGCCGCUCUUUCAAGUACGAAAAUCUCGGUCUCAGAACACAAGCCAAGACCCACAUUUGCGUCACGAGUUGGCAAGAGCGCGGCUACCGCCAUAACAAGACCACAGUUGGACAUUCCGCCACUCCUAGCAUAUGUCCAACCAACGCCGACCCCCACGAAUCCACAGGCCCUAAUACGGCGUAUCGAUACUUCACACGCACUCCUCAACAUUUCGCUAUAUCUUGCCAAACAGCAAGCCCAUCAGCUAUCACAUGAGCACAAGGUACACCCGACCGCGAUUCUUGAGCAACAAGCUCGCGUUUCCCAGGAAGACUCCCUCGUAGCCGAGAAUGUCAAAUUGGGCAUGCGCAGCAUCGUCAAAGAAUCUGUCAUCGGUGCCAACUGCGACAUCGGAGCGUACGCACGACUCACGCGCUGCGUUCUCAUGGACGGCGUAACAGUAGGUGAUGGUGUUCAACUCGUAGGCUGCAUCAUUGGUCGACGAGCACGAAUCGAAGGAACGAAACGUCAAGAGCUCGCUCCUGCUGAAAGUGCAGAAGGCGAAAAGAAGAGGGGGAAGCGACAAGAUGACGACGACGAGAAGACGAGGCUCACGGAUUGUGAAGUCGCGCCUGGGUUUAUCGUUGAAGCUGGCACAGAGGCAAAGGGCGAAAAGAUGACGGCAUUCGAAAUGGCAGAGUCGGAUGAAGAGGAAUUUGACGAUGAAGAUGAGGAGGAUACUGAUGCUUAGAAGCUCAGCUUGGAAGGAAUGGCUAGGGGCCCACUUCACUUCCUCACUCAGACUUUGCCAAGACGUUCUCUGUCGAAUGGUACCAAUCCGAAACACACAUUAUACCAUUGUGACUUUAGCGGGCUUCCAUGAAUGGUGUCUGUUUCGCAUGUGCUGGUAAGCGCUCCACGCAAUGUCUUCCUGACAGCCUCUGAGCAUGGACCUCCCUAGGGCUUGGAGAACUCGUCUGUGCUUUUCUCGCUCCACAUGUUACAUAUAUUUACUCAAGCACUUUAGCUUUGCAAUACGAUAAAUCGCUGAA